UGUUCGGUUCUCUGCGUAUUUGAAUUGCGCACUAGUUUUUUCUGACUAUAUAAGGUGUUCCUGACCUGACCAAGCCAUAGCCUUCAAGAAACAACAGGUAGAAUAUCCAAACGUUGAUCGAAUCUCAAGGUGGAGAUUUCUCAGUUAAUUCAGACACCAUGAAAGAGCCACUGAAAGCAAGCAGGAGUAAGAUAUUAGUUGUCUUGCUUGUCUUCGCCAUGGUUACUCAAGGCUUGGUGAUUUGUGUAAAGGGGAUAGAGAGGAAUGAUAUCGCCGGCAAGGCCGUUAGUGCAAAACCCACCCUUGGUGCAGGCAGCAGCACAACCGUGGACAACCACCAUGCCAUACCACGGGACCAGUAUAGUAGCCAUGGAGGAGAGGACGGAUCAGGUGGCAGUGGUGGUGAUACUACAAAGAACUAGUGUCAUUCUCUGAGACUGCCGUUCACGGAGCAUAUAUAUUCUGAUCUCUAACGUCAUAUUGUAUAGAUGUCAGCAGCCCUAAUUGUUAUUAUUAUUAUCUUCUGUACAUGAAAAUAAGCUGCUGAAGGGAAGAGUAAUGUCGAAGUAAAAACAUUCCCACAGAAGGAAGAAGCUAUGUUUUAUUAAAAAAAUAUAGAAGCUAUAUAUGUAAUAGAUGUGAUAUUCUCGUGUGUGUGUGUGUGCGCGCGCGCGCGCGUGUGUAAGGAAACUUUUAUGAUGUUACACUCAGCCGUCAAUAAAAUUCAGGACUACAAUCUGUUGUUCAGGAAA